UUCAAUUAGUUUCUGAGUGAGUCCCUGGCAUGUGCAGGAGUAAAACUGGUGCACAAUUAUCUUAUUGUUCCUUUAGCUUUGUGCGGAGAGGAUCUGAAGGUCUGGAGGAAAAAAAAAUAAAGAGCCAGUUACAAGAACAGUUAUUGAUGUGGAAUAAGGGAGUUGCUCUUUUCAUGCAGCAGCACUUGGUAACGGUGAAUAUACAGCUAGCAUCGAAUAGCUUUGCAAGUUCUUUUAAAGGCGUGUGCGAGAGGUUAGACACUUGGACUGCUCGGUUUCAUAGGGGGGAGUCAUUUUUUUUCAACCGCCGUCCGUACAAAAUGGAACCCAAUAGUCCCAAAAAGAUACAGUUCGCAGUUCCAGCGUUCCAGAGUCAACUGGACCCCGAAGCUUCGGAACAGAUCAGAAAGAGGAGGCCCACUCCUGCAUCACUGGUUAUAUUAAAUGAGAACUCACCACCAGAAAUAAAUGACAAUAGGACAACCAGCACACACGAAGAGAACGUUUCUCCCAAACAGAGGAAACAAAGUGUCUACUCAGGCCCUACCAUGAAAGGCGGCACUGAGCAGGCAAAAUCUUUUAUUUAUACUGAUGACAGACAUCAGUCCUCCAGCAUGUCACAUCUGCCAACAGUAACCGAGAGCACGGAACUUCUUCCAAAACCAAGGCGGAAGGAUACUCCAUAUCAUCUUGACUUGCCGCUCUUUCCAGGCGGCAGUGAACAGGCAAAACCUUUACUUUAUACUGAUGAUAGACAUCAGUCCUCCAGCAUGUCACACCAGCAAACAGUGACUGAGAGCACCAGCCUGCUUCUUAAACCAACACGGAAGGAUACUCCAUAUCACCCUGACUUGCCGCGCUUCCCAGGGGUUACACAGAUAAAAAAUCAGAAGAAUUCUUCUUUUCCUGAAGAAGAAGAGCAAAAUGAUGAAGAUGACGAAUGUGACCACUGACUGAAUAAAUAUAUAUAUACUAUAGCCGUUUUUUUUUUACUAUAAACUGCUGUAUAAUUGUCAGCUGACACCAUCCUGGGAGGCGUCCAUGUCUCAGUAAUUCAGGGGUAGGGGGUGGUUUUUUUAAAAGAGAGAUUUAUUCCAUGAACUGCAGAACAUCGAUAUACAACAUCUUUAUAAUCAAAUACAGAACGUGAACGCGGGAAUGAUGCGACACCUUCCAUGUUCCAUGUGUUACUGAUUUAACUUUAUUAUUCAUACUAACUUGCUAAAGAAUGUUUGCAAUGAGAAGACAAUCAUCUGUAAAUAAUACCAUAUUAUAUCUGCAAUAGAAAUAAAACAUUUAGAAAAAAACAAAAACAUGAAGAAUUAAAUUUGCGUGUUUGAAAAUCAAUGAUGAGCUGUGGCUAAAAAUAGGCUUUAAUUUCCGUAUACCUCCCAAAGAUCAGGAUACAAACAUUGGAAACAGCAAUUACAGACAGACCAGAGGUUACCACUGUGAAUGGGUAAACAGUGUAUUUUUUAUAAUUAUACUUAGGACUACGCAGUACC